CGUGGGUGCCAAAGGAGAUGGGUGUGGGCUGGACGCGCAGGCGCACUGGCCGCCUGUAGGGCCAGGGCGCUUGCGCAGUCGCUCUUCCUCAGGCGGCAGCUAUGGCGGGGCAAGAGGAUCCGGUGCAGCGGGAGAUACACCAGGACUGGGCGAACCGGGAGUACAUCGAGAUUAUCACCAGCAGCAUCAAGAAAAUCGCGGAUUUUCUCAACUCGUUUGAUAUGUCUUGUCGUUCAAGACUUGCAACACUAAACGAGAAAUUGACAGCCCUUGAACGGAGAAUAGAAUACAUUGAAGCACGGGUGACAAAGGGUGAAACGCUCACCUAGAAGCAUGCCGUGCUGCUGCUGGGAAGUUGCUUGACAGAACACAGGCCACGUGGGAAAGGCCCCAGCAGCCUUCAGCUCCUUCCUCUCUCCUCGAAGAGCAACAGGGCUUAUUCUUGUUUUCUUUUUUCAAAAGUGUAGCCUUUGGGCUCUGCCAUAUGCAUCUGGGGGUGUGAUGUGCCUCACAGGGAGAAGUUCAGGGCAACUCUUGGCAUUUUACCUUUUCAGUAACAUUUUAUCAAACUACUUGUCAAUGUAUUUGAGGUGUUUGGGGCCAAAAUCCUGGAACUCUUUGUGAAGGUCCUCACCACAUCUCUUUCUUUGUCUCUCAGACUCUCUUUACCUCUCAUUGCCUCUGCACUGAAUCUAUAUACAGUCUUUUUCUCUUCCGCACCUUUGGUGGGAGGUGAGGGGUGGCAGCCUGGCUGAGGCACUCGUCCUCUGGCAGUGUGGCUGCCAGGGAAUGUUGUUGCUAACCCACCAGUUUCUUGUCAUUUGGGGGAGGUCAAGGCCAGGCCCUCACUUGGCUUGAAGGGACACUUCCAGAGCUUUCUUCCUGUCAGUGGAGGUGUCUGUGCCUCAUAUUCCCUUAAUAAACUCCUCGACUUAU